CACGCUGGAGCCGCAGAGUCACACUCACUGAGAGCUCAGAAACCCUGGAUUGUCCACGGGACACGGCUGCAGUCACACUGGCUGAAAAAGACUGAGGAGCAUUACUGAUCCGCUGACCUGCAGGAUGUCCAAAGCCUCCAGGCUGGCCCGGCCCCCGUCCAUAGUGGCCGGAUCCAAGCUGCCCUCCCCCAGGAAGGAAUGCCCUGGCACGGCCGGUCGAGCCCGCGUGCUGAGCGUGGGGGAAAAGCUGAUGAGGGCAGGUAGCGAUGGUAUUCUGAGCAGACAGAAGUCUUUAAAGGCCGCUGCGCCACAAGACAAACAGCAGCGCGAGACCCCGGCUGAGACUCAGGCCCCCAGCCAGAGUCCAGGUGAGAAGGGCCAAAACAUGGAGAUGGUCCCACCUAAGAGCAGGAUCAGCCCACCUAAAGCAUCAAAUCAGCCACAAGCCUCUGUGCAAAAACAAACCAAAAGCAACCUGAAGGUAACCUCCCCAGAGGACGUGCAGCACCUAAGCCGCAGACAGGCCUCCCCAAAUGGGACGUCCUCUUCAAGAGGGGACGCCAAAGGCAGUCGCACUGUCCCUCGAAGGCACACGUUAGGGGGAGCCCGCGGCUCCCGUGAGAUCCUGGCUAUGCAGCCGUCGGACAUGGACAAGAAGAGGGAGGCCUUCCUAGAGCAUCUGAAGCAGAAAUACCCCCAUCAUGCCUCAGCGAUCAUGGGCCAUCAGGAGAGGCUGCGAGAGCAGUCUUUGCAGGCCAUGCUCUCCUCCCUUCACUCUGAGCUUGACAUUCAGAGGUACUUGAUGAAAAUCCAAUUGACCCACAGAAGCAGAAGCCCAAAGCACGGCCCCAGUCCGCAGCUCGGCGUCGGCGACCAGGUCGACCACCUAUCCCUGGCCUCCCUGGAUUCGUUGGACACCAUGUCUGAUGCUGACGCACCCACAUCCUUCACCCGCGGCACCCGGGUUCGUGCUAGCCUGCCCGUGGUGCGGUCAACCAACCAGACAAAGGACCGCUCACUAGGUGUGCUGUACCUGCAGUACGGAGACGAGACCAAACAGUUCCGCAUGCCCAAUGAGAUCACCAGCAUCGACACUGUCAGAGCUCUGUUUGUUAGUGCCUUCCCGCAGCAGCUCACCAUGAAGAUGUUGGAGUCGCCCAGCGUCGCCGUCUACGUCAAAGACGACAUGAGAAAUAUGUACUACGAGCUCACUGAUGUCAGGAACAUCACUGAUCACUCCUGCCUGAAGGUCUACCACAAAGACCCAGCACAGGCGUUCAGCCACGGGCCGAGACCUACCAAUGGCGAUGCCAGGAUGCACAGUGAGAUGGUGCAUGGCACUCGCGAUGGGCCGCACCCUCUGAGACAGCCCCCUAUGGGUCCCCCACCACACCACCCAAUGCAGGGAGCACUUCCCCCGACUCCCCACUCCAUGCCCCCGUCCCCCUCCAGAAUCCCAUUUGGCCCACGGCAGGGCUCUGCACCUGCCAACGCCACUAUCCCAAGGGACCGGUUGUCUAAUGCCAACCCUCCGGCCCGCUCUAUCUCACCCUGUCCCAGCGCCAUCUUGGAGAGGCGGGAUGUUAAGCCAGAUGGGGACAUGGGCGGUAAAAGCCACACUCUAUCCAGGGGAAAUGAGGGGUUAUAUGCUGACCCAUAUUUGCUCCAAGAGGGAAGAAUGGGCAUGGCUACUGCCCACGGGCCACAUCCCAAUGCUGGGCUUGAUGGUCCAGAUCAUGGCAUAGGGGGAUUUCACCGUGCCUCCAUCCGAUCCACGAGCUCUUACGGCGGGCCGAGUCCCACAGACUCUAUGGAUCAUCCCUCGCUGUACAGGCAGAAGUCCAGAAACAGCCAGCUGCCUACUUUGGGAUCCAAGACCCCUCCGCCAUCCCCUCACCGGAUGGCUGAGGUACGGAUGAUUGACAUCCAUGGCGGGCCUCCACAUGGCGGUCCCCCUCAUGGUGUGCCACCCCAUGGCGUUCCCAUGGAGAGAAGCUCACCUGUGCGCCAGUCCUUCAGGAAGGAGGAAGUGGCAGGGACCAAGCCACGGAACAACAUGGGAUCACCUGUAGUUUCAGACCUCCAGGGACACCUGCAGGGGCCCAUCCCAGCUGCCACUGAUCAUCAGACACGAGUGCGAAUGAAGGCUAUGGAGCAACAGAUUGCCAGCUUGACUGGUCUUGUUCAGCAUGCACUUUUAAAGGAGCCAAACUCUAGUGGCACCAAGGAGCUACUAAGUGAGAGACCACCGAAGACAUCAUCUCCAGCCCACAGUGCACAUAGCUCAGGUGGUUCACCAGUCAUGGCACCCAAGAGCAGCGCAGCCCCAUCAGAUAAGGGCCCAGUUCCUCUCAAAGUCAACCUCCUGCAGUUCAGAAAGAAUGUUUCUGACCUCAGGAUGCAACUCCAUCAGAUGAGACAGCUGCAGCUCCAGAAUCAGGAGGCAUUACGAGUCCAGCUGAAGCGGGCAGAGCAGGAAAUCAGUGUAAAACUCGCAGAGGCCAUGCGGGGUGUGGAGGACCCCGUGCAGAGGCAGAGAGCUCUGGUAGAAGAGGACAGGCACAAGUACUUGGGUCUAGAGGAGCGUGUCCUUACACAACUCGGUGAGCUGGAGCAGUAUGUCGGCUCUCUGCAGAAAGACUCAGCAGCGACACACAGAGUAGUGACCCUGAAGGACGUGGAGGAGGGAGCGGUGACUCUGAGGAAGGUGGGAGAAUCUCUGGCAGGGCUCAAAGGAGAGUUCCCGGCCCUACAAACCAGAAUGCGGUCAGUGCUGCGGGUGGAGGUGGAAGCUGUCAAGUUUUUGAAGGAGGAGCCUCAUAAACUGGACAGCAUGCUGAAAAGGGUCAAGAGCCUGACGGACACACUCAGCAGUCUGAGAAGAUGUGCCACCGAGGGCCCUCAGAAAGGACCAGAUCCUUCUACUAAUGUCCCAGUGGACAACAGCCCUUCAGCAGCAGCAGCAGCAGAAGCCCCAGCAGAAGCAUCAGUCCAGCCCGGCUCCACAUCAGCCCCACUGGAGCCCCAGAGCUCCACCAUCAAAUCUGAAGUGAUGCCAUCCUCUCCGGUGGUCAUCCAUCAUGUCCAGAGCUCUCCGGUCCACAUGCAGCAGUCCCAGCAGUCCGCAGCCUUGACAGCCCAGCCCAGUCCACCGCUCACCCCCAGCCCUUCUCACGUCCCCAGUCCCAACCUGAGCAAGAGUCAGGGCCGGGAAUCUCCCAAGGGGGCUGCCUCGGAUCCGCCGAGUCCUGCCCGCCAUAAGAAGACACAAGGGAACUCAGUGAAUAAUGGCAACGGCACUGCCACCCAGGGCCUUGUCAUAGAGGAGCUCCAGAACAGUCAGGACAAGAGCAAAAACAGAGCUAUGUCCAUAGAGGCUGCAGAGAAGGAGUGGGAAGAGAGGAGGCAGAACAUGGGCCAUUAUGAUGGAAAAGAGUUUGAGAAGAUCCUCCAGGAGGCCCAGGCCAACAUGAUGAAGGGUAUUCCCAGUCUAGAGGUGGAGGAGAACCCAGCACUGCCGCCUACUGCCGCCAUGGAACAAGCAGACAACAUACCACAGUCACCAACAGAAGAGCCCCAGUCUGAGCCUCACUCUGACAAAGCAGCCAACAGGGGUCCUGAAAAACUCCCAAAGCCGGUGAUGGAGAAACCUGCCAAACCUGUACUGGAGAGAUCCUCGAAGUCUGCCACCAAGCCAGCUCCCACUGAAAAAUGCAGCAAGUCCCCACCACCUCCUCCUCCAAGAAAGACGUUCACCAGCUCGAGCUCAGGCAUGACCACCACACGCUCUGGCGAAGUGGUCUACACCAGGAAGGAGUCUGUCACAGCACAGGAGGGUGAGGAGGACGCUCCACCUCCCAGUCCCCAACCCAAACCCAACAAGGUCCCACCAGAGACCAAGCCGAAGCCAGCCACCCCUCCCCCCAUCACUGCCUCUGUUUCCAGAGAAGAGGAGGAUGAAGGAGACAAGAUCAUGGCAGAGCUCCAGGUUUUCCAGAAGUGCACAGUUAAGGAUGUAGGGGUGAAAAAUUUGGUAGAACCCACACCUCGAAUUGAACCGCAAAUCAGAGAGCUAAGACCAGGGGCCUUAAUGCCCCUCAAAGAGAAAAAGAGCUCAGAGCCCACUCGAGAAGAAAAAGAUCCAGACACAGAUGAAAAUGGGAACACUACUGUCCGACAGAGCCAAGGGGUCAUAUACUACGUGACUGGACAGAUUCCCAAAGAACAUCCACCCCCAUCAGGAACGGAGGAAACCCCUGAACACCGAGAGCCCACACAGCCUCCAUCACAGGUGUCAAAUGUCAAUGCUAAUGACAAUUCUCCAAGCCAGCAGCAGCAGCCACCUCUGUCUCCACCGCCCAAAUCACCCCCACCUAUAUCACCUAAACCUGUGGGACUGAAAGGGUUUAAACUGCCAAGGAAGCAAAUUAAACGCUCCGAAUCCUUGAAGACCAGCGCAGAAAUGGAGAAGGGAAAAAUCCUCAACAAAAUUAACACUGAAAAGAACAGUAAAGUCAUCCAACAACGUGUUUCUUCUAGUAAGAGUAUCAUACCUGAACCUGUGGCAACCACAACAACCAGUAUCAUGAAAGAGGCAACUAAAAGUUGUGUUGCUCCACCAAAAAAGGCUCCCUGUGAGGACAUUGAACCAUCUAAAGCUAAGUGUGAGGAGGAUAAUGACGAGGCCAGUCUUAGUCCUGACUUACCUGGAGAAGAGGCGCCGCCGCCCCCUGACAACAUAGCAUUCAUGAUCACUAACACCAAAGUCCAGGCUCUGUCCUGUGGCGAGUACCAGGAUCUGGUCAAUGCCAAGAAAGGAAGCGUCCAGACUGUUACUGUAGGAAACGUCGCAAACCGAGGGAACACCAUAGCGGAUCCCACGGUCCCGCAGGAUAACGGCUUCAACAAGAAGCCCGUCAUCAUCAUUUUUGACGAGCCCAUGGACAUCCGCUCAGCGUACAAGCGCCUGUCCACCAUUUUUGAAUGCGAGGAGGAACUGGACAGGAUGCUAGCGGCAGAGUGCAUUGAGGAGGAGAGCGAGGAGUCGGACACGGAGAGGAGUGUUGGGCUGCAGGGUAAAGCGGCAGGGAUCGAGGUAGUCGAUGGCAAAAACGCUCCACAGGUCACUUCAGACCACGUUAGCUUAUCAUCUUCAUCUUCGUCUUCAGUGUCUGAGCUGACGGACAGUGGGGUGAACUCGGAGUCAAAUGGGGACACCAAGCAGGAUGGUAAGAAGAAGUUCAAGUUUAAGUUCCCGAAGAAACAGCUGGCCGCACUCACCCAGGCGAUUCGCACAGGCACAAAAUCGGGCAAGAAGACUUUACAGGUGGUUGUGUACGAAGACGAGGAGGAAUCAGAUGGUACAAUCAGGCAGCACAAAGAAGCAAAGAGAUUUGAAAUUGCACGCUCAAAAUCAGUAGCAGACACUCCCAAGGCAACGGGCUCGACCGUGCUGAAGAAGCAGAACUCAGAGUCCCUUUACAGGACGGAUGAGAUCCGGAAGAACACCUACAAGACGCUGGACAGCUUGGAGCAGACCAUCAAGCAGCUGGAGACCACUAUCAGCGAGAUGGGACCAUGCUCUCCUGAGGAGCCGGUCGGCAUGGAGGAAGCAAAAGCAGAGAAUGGGAAAAGCUCAGAAGGAGUGGGGCUGAAGAGGUCUUCCUCUCUCCCUACCUCCCGAGGGUCAGCCCCUAAGGUACCAAGCAAAAAUCCAUUGCUGAAGAAGACUAAACCGCAACUCCUUCCUCGCCCUGUAGUCCUCCCUACUACCACCACCACCACUGUCCCCAGUGCCCCCAGCACCGUACAACAGAACACCAGUGUCGCUUCCCCUACUAGUCGGAUGCCCGUCCCUUUGUCUGCGAAGUCCAGGCAGUCGCCGGGUACUACUGACAAAGCAGGAAAACAGCAAAAACUGCAGGACGCUCAGAGGCAGUUCCGACAGGCUAACGGAAGUGCUAAAAGAGUGGGAGGGGAUCAUAAAACUACUUCCCCUGCUAUACCCACCUCUAAAAUCCCUGCUUUUUAUCCUAGCUCUACUAAAGGCAGCUCCCAGUCUGCACAAAACUCAGAUGCUACUAAUCCCAUUAACCCUUCCUCCUCCUCCUCCUCCUCCUCUUCCUCCUCCUCCUCUUUGACAAAGUCCUCCAUCCUGUCCUCUCACGCUCCUCGUUCCGGUUCCUCCUCCCACAUCCCCUCCCUGUCUAACGGAUCCCUCAAACUCCCCACACCUUCACAGCACACAGGUAAAGCUCUCUCGUUCUCCUCGCAGACUCAGAAUGGUCGAGUGCACUCCUCCUCCUCCUCUUCAUUCUCCUCCUCCUCCUCCUCCUCAUCCUCCUCCCCCUCCCCUCUGUCGCCCACACCUUUGGGCCCAGGCGGAAAGAGCAUCCGCACCAUACACACCCCCAGCUUCACCAGCUACAGGUCCCACAACGGCAGCAGCGGCAAAUCCUGCAUCCCAACAGCCACAGCAGCUAAGGACACAACCUAGCCCCGUUAUCGCCCCUCUGGCUUUUACCGCAAUGCAGGUAGAGCUGCUCAUCUUUAAUUUUAUAUAGUUUUGGUUUGCUAUUUGUUUGUUUUUUUUUUUUUCUGUCUUUGAACGUUUUUGUAAAAGUAUUAAGUGAUGCACUCCCCCACUUCAUGUUUUAUUUGACACUGGCAUUCUCGCACCAACGCUUCUAUGUAUUUGUUUUAGUUGCAAUUUCCUGUAUUGCAAAAUACUUAACCUGGAUUCUGAUUCUUCUUGAAGGUGUACCAGAUGUUCUGACAAAAAUAUUUUAUAAUGGAACUAAAAAAAAAUGAAAAUAAAAGAUUUAGUUUUACCACUUUGUAGUUGAAGUGGAAAGCUCUCAUGGUGUUGAAAAUCUAUUUUUCUUGCUCUAGCUAUGAAUAGGGAAUAUAGAGUUGAUGUACAAUCACAAAGUACCAUGUAAAAAUGUUGUUUUAUUUUUCAAACCAGAGAUUGAAUAACCAUAGUGUAUUUAAUCUUCUAUAUUUCUUAUGUUGCCAGACAUUCAACGCAGCCCUUGUAAAUGCCUUUUAUGAGUGUAUACACAAUGUAUACAGACAUUUUAAACUCAUUAUUAACUUCUGUUUUCUAAGAGUAUUUUCUUAUUUUUCACCCAUAUGAACUGCCAAUUUCUUUUACAGAUAUGUAAAACUGGUAUCAUAAGGACUACAAGUUUUCAUUUUAGUGUGCCUAUUUGCCAAAGUUGUUGUAUAAUGACUCACUUCAGGCCUAAUCCAGUCACGAGAUUUAGGGUAAUUUACAUGCACCCUGUUGGUUUGAUGGCUGAAGUGUUGACCAGUGUUUGUACUGCUGGUCUCGGUUUGUUAAGUUAACAUGUAUUGUUGUCUAAAUGUAAACUGUACUAAAAAUAAAGUGAAUCAGUUCUACCACAAUGUACAUAGAUGCUUCUACUAAGAAAAUAAGUAGUUUUGUUAACAUACCAAAGUUUAUUUGUAUGCAUGCCUUUCAAAUACUUUAGGAGAGUGGUGUUAAAGAAGAAUUAUGUUUGCACAGAUAGAUUUUUGUAAAUAUCUGGUUUUCUCUCAUUUUUGUAAAGCUUUAAAUCAUACUAUAAAGGAGCAAUGUGGUAAAGACAAAACUGUGUUGGAGUAGCAACAAUAAAGACUUGCAUGCUUGUAAUGCAUUGAGCUUUAA